AUGUUCGAUGUUUUCGGCUCCGUCAAGGGGCUACUGAAGAUCGACGACGUGUGCAUCGACAACAACAUCUUUCGGCUGCAUUACAAAGCGACCGUCAUCAUCCUGGUCGCCUUCUCGCUUCUGGUCACGGCCCGUCAGUACAUCGGCGACCCGAUCGAUUGCAUCGUCGACGAUGUGCCGCUCAGCAUCAUGGACACGUACUGCUGGAUCUACUCGACGUUCACGCUACCCGACCGCGUCAACGGCCGCGUCGGCCAGGACGUGGUCCAGCCCGGCGUCCGGUCCCACGUGGAUGGCGAGGACGAGGUCAAGUACCACAAGUACUACCAGUGGGUGUGCUUCGUGCUCCUCUUUCAGGCCAUGUUCUUCUACCUGCCCAGGUACAUGUGGAAGUCGUGGGAGGGCGGCCGCGUCAAAAUGCUCAUCCUCGAUCUCAACUGUCCGAUCAUCAGCGAGGAGUGCAAGGCCGACCGCAAAAAACUGCUCGUCGACUACUUUUCCACCAACCUGCACUUGCAGAACUUCUACGCCAAUCGAUUCUUCCUGUGCGAGUUCCUCAAUUUUGUUAAUGUCAUCGCUCAGAUAUGCUUCAUGGAUCACUUUCUCGACGGUGAGUUCAGUACAUACGGCACAGACGUUCUUAAGUUCACUGAAAUGGAACCCGAAGAAAGAGGAGACCCCAUGGCUCGGGUGUUCCCCAAAGUCACCAAGUGUACAUUCCAUAAAUAUGGUCCGUCUGGUUCGAUCCAAAAACUAGACGGUCUAUGUGUGUUGCCACUCAACAUUGUGAAUGAGAAAAUCUACGUUUUCUUGUGGUUCUGGUUCUUGUUUGUUGCUGCGCUCAGUGGUCUUCAUCUGGUAUACCGCACUGCUGUUGUGGUCGUGCCUGAAUUCCGUUUACUGUUGUUGAGAUCAAGAUCACGUUUAACUCCAAAAGACGAAGUAGAAACUAUCAAUAAGAAGUUCCAGAUCGGUGAUUGGUUUGUUUUGUACCAGUUGGGUAAGAACAUUGACCCCCUGAUUUUCAAAGAGUUUGUAUCGAGCUUAGCCAAGAAAUUGGACGGUAUGGAGAGUGUAUAA